AUGACAAAUGUGACGAUGCCUGACGACUUGUUCCUUCGCUCCACGUUUGCACGUGGCAUCGCCGGCUUCUUUACGUGGGCCGCCCUCAUUAUCACCUCAUAUCAGAUCUAUCAGCAUUUGCGAUGGUACACGUGCCCGAUCGAGCAGCGCUGGAUUGUACGGAUAUUGUUCAUCGUACCAAUGUAUUCGCUGGACUCCUGGCUCAGUCUUCUUUUCCUCUCCAACAACGUUUACGUCUACUUCAACGCUAUUCGGGAUUGUUAUGAAGCAUUCGUCAUUUAUAGCUUUCUGAGUUUGUGUUAUGAAUAUCUUGGUGGCGAAAGUAACAUUAUGGCGGAGAUCCGAGGGAAGCCUAUCCGGCCUACCACCUAUUACACGUGCACGUGCUGCUUAGCUGGCAAGCAGUAUACCAUCGAGUUUUUGCGUUUUUGCAAGCAGGCAACACUUCAGUUUUGCAUCAUCAAACCGAUUAUGGCAACACUCACGCUUGUCCUGAUGAUUUUGGGCAAAUACGAAGAUGGGAACUGGAGUGGCGACCAAGGCUAUCUCUAUAUAACAAUCGUCUACAACGUAUCUGUCUCGUUAGCACUCUAUGGAUUAUUUUUGUUCUACACAGCUACACGGGAUUUACUCUCGCCAUAUCAACCUGUACUAAAAUUCCUUACAGUCAAAUCAGUUAUCUUCCUCUCCUUUUGGCAAGGGUUUUUGCUCGCCAUCCUGGGCUCCACAUCGGCAAUUGAUCCAGUCUAUGAUGCGGAAGGUCAUGAGAUUAUAUCACGCGGUACUGUUGCAGCGGCUUGGCAGAAUUUCUUCAUUUGCGUUGAAAUGUUUUUUGCAGCGGUGGCAUUGCGAUAUGCGUUUAGCGUCAGCGCGUAUAUCGACCCAUGCACAGUGAUGAACAGCAGUGCCGAUGGACGACCGGUUACACUACAGAGUAUAAGCAGCUCGUUGAAGGAAACAAUGAAUCCGAAAGAUAUCAUGCAGGAUGCGAUUCAUAAUUUCCAUCCGCAGUACCAGCAGUACACACAGGUAAAUCCUGGUUAA